UCAUGGAGUAUAAUAAAUGCUUUUGGGCAAUCCUAUUGGGUACAUUGAAUUUGGUUUCAUGGGGAAAUUGUGCAGCAACGUCAAAAAAUACGGAAUAUUUAUUAAUACCAGAACGAUCAACGUAUACCUACAUCAAUCCUGAAUUUUGUGGUUCUGAUUUAUCUGUAACUAUUCGACGAUUGAAUCGUACAACUUUUUCUUUAAGUGCUGUUAUCAAUUAUCUAAAAGAUAUUGAAGAUGCAGAGAAUAGUGUAGAAUUUUUUCAAUUUCUAAAUAACGAAUACAAGAAAACCGGAAUAAUUAUCAGUGCACCUAUUUGUGAUAUGAUUGGAGAUCCAGAUUUGAAUAUUUACAAAGAAUAUAUGAUGGAUGGAAUCCAUGGAAAUAUGCCUGAAUGUGAUGGAACGUUUCCAAAAGGUCAAUAUUUUGUUAAAGAUGCCGUUGUUGCAUCGGAAAUUAAAAAAACAAUAUUUUUACCUGGAAAAUGGAAAGCUGUAUUUCAAUGUACGAAUAAAGAUGACGUAAUUAUCUUUAUUGGAGAAUUUUAUUUUACAAUUGAUGAAAAAUUGGUUACCUAA